GGUAGUGACACUUGGUUACCGCCAUUGCCUGCUUGUGACCUUUUUGAUCGAGUUAUUUUUUUGAGUACAACUGGUCGUCUUUGUACAUGAUACUGGAAUUUGAAGAGUUGUAUAACAAUUCUGAAGCUUGUGAAGCAUGGUGUGAUCCUGUGCAUGCAUUAAAUGUGCAAAUUUUUCUGAAGAUGAACAGAUCAGAUUACGCAGAGAAGCAGUUGAGAAUCAUGCAACAAAUUGAUGAGGACCAUACACUAACUCAACUUGCAAACGCAUGGCUAAACUUGGCUGUGGGUGGUUCAAAGAUACAGGAAGCAUAUCUCAUCUUCCAAGAUUUCUCUGAGAAGUAUCAGAUGACUAGUUUGAUCUUGAAUGGGAAGGCUGUUUGCUGCAUGCACAUGGGAAAUUUUGAUGAAGCUGAGACACUGUUACUUGAAGCACUAAACAAGGCAUGUUCUAAAUUGUUGUCUGAUGCGAAGGAUCCAGAAACACUGGCAAAUCUUAUUGUGUGCUGUCUUCACCUUGGGAAACAAUCUUCACGCUACCUCAGGUAGAUUGCCUGUUGAUGAAAGCCAUAGUGAUAUCCUUUUCUUGUCACCUAAUAUAAGUGUGUAUAUAUCUGGAUAAAUGUGGCAGAUUGUAUCAGAGUUUGUAGCAUGAUAAAUGUUUCCUUAUCAUACUACUACUGAUUAGUGAACUUGGAAAGCUUUCUGCCUAUGUAAUAAUAUGAAUCUGGCUGGCCUGACUAGUGGGAAACAAUCAAUCCAUCUAGAAAUUUUGCCAAUUUCACUGUCU